AUGCUUUAUGAGUUGAUCGGACUUGUUCGCAUAACCAACUCCAAUGCGCCAAAGUUGGAAGCGAAAGAACUAUCUUCUACGAUCGGGAAAUUGAUUAUUCAAAAUAGAGGUGUGGUGAGGGACAUUGUACCCAUGGGCAUAAGGUAUCUUCCUAAAAUUAUGAAAAAAGAUCAAGAGAAGCAUUUUCGAGCAUUUCACUUUUUAAUGCUGUUUGACUCAUCAGCUGCGGUACAGUCUGAAAUUCUGAGAACUUUAAAGAAAGAUCCCCGUGUCAUAAGAUCAUCCAUCGUCAAAGUAAAUACAGAUAAGCAGCUUGAUAGGGCCUCAUCGUUGCACCGCUCUUUGGGGAAAAAGUCUAUUUUGGAAUUAGUGAAUGAAGAUUAUCAAUCCAUUUAG